AUGCCUCAAAGAACGAAUCUCUCUUUCUUUCACAACCCAGAUUUCAAAAUGCAGCAGCAAGACCCUUCUGAAAUUUCCUUCGAAACAUUUGGUAUUAAUCAUGAUAAUCUUCCCUUUAGUACGAUUGAUUUCUCACCGAGUUCACAGACAGUGUUGUCUAAGAACUCGACGAAGUCAUCUCGAAUUGAAGAAGUAUUGCAGAAUAAUAAGAUGGAUCAAAAGUCAUAUAUAGGUGUAAGAAAAAGGCCUUGGGGGAUGUUUGCUGCAGAGAUCAGAGAUACAACAAGAGGAGGAAGAAGGGUUUGGCUUGGAACUUUUGAUAGUGCUGAAAAAUCUGCUUCGAAAUAA